AACCAGCUCAAUUCAGGAAGUGAGUCAGCUGACAGAUGUCAUAUUAUCACAAUCAUAUUGUAACGUUAGUCCAACUCCAAGAAAGAUUUAUUUGUUUAAAAAAAACUUGUAAUACACUAUUAUUUAUCGUGAUUCAAACGGUAUCUCACGUAAGAUUCUAAUGGUUGAAGUUUACAAAGUGCUGCUGCAGGAUUUUGGACUCUGAAUUCGUGAUUUGUCUACUCGUCUCGUCUGCUCCAUUCAUGGCCAGUCCAGUCCCGUGUGUGUCUGAGUUGGUUGCCGAGGCUCGACGUGUGUACGAGCAGAGCUUCGGGGGAGAUGGUCCACAGGUGGCAGUGUGUGCCCCAGGCAGGGUCAACCUGAUUGGGGAGCACAUCGAUUACAACCAAGGAUUCGUCCUCCCUAUGGCUCUGCCCAUGGUGACGGUGGUGGUUGGCAGUAGGACCUCUGGCCAGAGUGCCUCCAUCAUUACUGCUGCUAAAGAUGUGGAGGAGCCCAGGAGAGUGGACUUUGAUUUGCCCAAUGACAAGGCUCCUCUGUCUCCUGGGAAACCCAGCUGGGCCAAUUAUGUCAAAGGAGUGGUGCAGCACUACAGAGCUCCUCCAGUCCCAGGGUUCAGGGCAGUGAUAGCCAGUAGUGUCCCUCUAGGGGGCGGUCUGUCCAGCUCAGCCUCUCUAGAGGUAGCCAUGUACACAUUCCUACAGCAGCUCAAGCCAGAUGACGGUGACACGGUGGCGAAGGCGGUGGCGUGCCAGAAGGCAGAACACACCCAUGCAGGUGUGCCCUGCGGCAUCAUGGACCAGUUUGUCUCCGUGCUGGGCAGGGAGGCUCAUGCUCUACUCAUAGACUGCAGGUCUCUGGAGGCCACUCCUGUCCCUCUGUCAGACCCAGGCCUUGUCAUCCUCAUCAGUAACUCGAACGUGAAGCAUUCUCUGACGGGCAGCGAGUACCCUAGCAGACGACGACAGUGUGAAGAGGCAGCUGCCAUCUUGGAAAAGGCCAGCCUGAGAGAUGCCACACUGAAGGACCUGGAGGAUGCUAAGAGCCGAUUGGAUGAUGAGACCUAUCGAAGGGCUCGUCAUGUAAUUGAGGAGAUAGAUCGGACGGCCCAGGCAGCAGAGGCCCUGAAGAAAGGGGCCUACAAAGAGUUUGGCAAACUCAUGGUAGAAAGCCACAACUCACUCAGGGACUUGUAUGAAGUGAGCUGCAAGGAGCUGGAUGAGCUGGUGUCUGCAGCCGUAGAGGUGGAGGGUGUGUUUGGCAGCAGGAUGACAGGGGGAGGGUUUGGAGGAUGUACCGUCACACUACUGCAGGCUGAAGCCAUAGACAGGACCAUGCAGCACAUACAGAGGUCGUCUCAGUGCCUGAAGAUGCUGAACCUAAACUCCCCGGACAGCAACACUUAUAGCAACAGUAACUCCCUGUCGGAUCCCGUGUCUCUCAACGUUGGCGGGGAGAUCUACACCACGACCCUGGACACUCUGACACGCUACCAAGACUCCAUGCUGGGGGCUAUGUUCACCGGACAGAUCUCCACGCUCCGGGACAAACAAGGAAAUGUGUUCAUCGACCGCGAUGGGAAAGUUUUCCGCUAUAUCCUGAACUUCCUGCGUUCCAGCUCCCUGGACCUGCCGGAGGGGUUCUCUGAGAUGAGGCUGCUGAGGAGGGAGGCAGAUUUCUUCCAGAUACGCCCCCUACUGGAUGAGAUACGGCGGCGCGUCGAGGCCGGACCGCUCAGCCUGAGAGACGCACCCAGAGGAGCCAUGCUGCUGUUGGAUGUGGACUGCCAGGUACGCGUGCUACACUUCAACCUACGCCGUGCUCCUGAGAACUACGAACUCCGCACAUGCUCAGUGCGCAUCCUCACUGCCGAAAUCUUCUGUACCUGGCGUGCCUUUCUGGUUCUCCUUUGUGAGCGCUUCUCCUACCUUAACACCCAAGGUCCUACCUCCCCCCUCCCCAGUGACCAGCGCCACAACCGGCUCAAACUGGAGUGGGUUCCCCGGCCAGACGCACUUCCCCAGGACCAGUAUGAGAAACAGCAGUACCGAGGACUCGUCGUCUCGGACUCUUGGGCCACACAGACCCACUCUGGGGACCUAUGUGAUGUCAUCAUCCCGCGCCGCAGCCCCUGUGAGGUCAAAGACAUGCGCGGGUUUGUGGAGGAGCUGCUGACGGUGUCUCUGGCGGAGGGUUUUAAGGUCGACUCAGUGACCCCUGACCCCAUGGACAUUUUGAACUGCCGUACUCUGCAGCUUGUGCGUUAGUGAUAUAGCUUAUUCCAGCUCACCACUGAACCACCAGUCAUAGACUUACUAAAAUAACAAAGGUCACCCUAUGUUGUUUCCAACGUACUGAAAAUUACUGCUUAUGAAUGGUCUAUAACUAACAUUGGAAAGGUUGAUCUAUAAUGUUUACAAUCCUCUCUUUGAUGUGAAGCUGAGACUGAUCCUGCCAUCUGAACCCUCUAACGAACUCUGACCUCAGUAGCCCUGCCGUGGAGUCCGUUCUAAACGGUAGGGUAGGCAUUCAUCUGGUUUUACAGAAUAGACCCUGUCCCCAACAAUAAGGAAUGGUUGUCAGCUCGUCCUGUUGAUGAUCAGUGCAUUUGUUAAAGAGAGAGACGGAGACAGGGUGUGUUAGAGUUUGUGGAUUGUCUGUGAGAGAGUGUGCUGCAUUGGUAGGAGGGGUGAUCUGACCAUUCCACAGAGCGGGUAUGAGUACAUUUGUUGGUACUGUUUUGUAUAACAGUGUUACAUUGUAAUAAACUGACCAGUCUGUAGAUAUGUUUUCAGCUCAUCAAUUUAAUAAAAACACUACUAAAUGAAUUGUA